CAAGUUUCUUUGAAGGGCAACAAAUUACUCUGCAAAACCAAAGACAAAAUGAAUAACAGUAGCUUGACGAACAGCAGCUCAAAGUAUGGCGCUUGGGGAAUCUCAUYCUCCAUCGCUGAACUCACGUCAUGGACUGCAACUUUCGUUCUCGUAGAUAUCCUUAUCGUAGUUGGAAACGGUCUUGUCUUCUUCUACUAUGCAAAGAGCAAACAGGCACAACGCUCCCGUGCGUACUACUUUCUACUAAACCUUGCGUUACUAGAUGAACUUGUUGGCAUUCUUUCGYUACCUCUGUAUAUAUUUUUUCUCGUGUUAUGGAUCCGCACUGAAUACAAUCCGUACGACUUUCUUUACCGAAUGUACAUGGCAAUCGAUAUUACUUCGGGYUUAGGGUCCAUGUUUACUGUGGUUCUGAUUUCAGUCGAUCGAUGCUUUGCCGUCGUUUUUCCAUUCAAACAUCGUUGCGCGCGUCGAAAGGUAUAUUUCUAUCUACUUUUUGGUGUAUGGWUUACUGCAAGUGGAAUCGCCGUUGCGUGGCUCACAUGGCUUGACGAGGGACCAGCAACAUUCAUCUAUGUUUCGUCCAUUUGUUUCUCUCUCGCCAUCAUCACCAUUUCCAUCGUUAACUUGGUAAUGACCAUCAAACUUCGAAUGCGAACUGAACAACAAAAAAAUUUCCGUACAAUUUCCCUAAACGAGAAAAAACUGACGCGCAUUCUCAAGAUGGUGACGUUUGCGUUUUUUUUAACCUGGAUUCCGAUCCAAUGCGUAAACUCCGUGUACUUUGUUCUUGAUUACAACACUAUCAUUCCCCCUAAUGUCAUUUAUUUUACCAAGCUUCUYCAAUACGGAGGCUCCUUCGUAAACUCUGUUAUUUAUUACAACAAUAAUCCCGAGUUCAAGAACAUAAUGCAAAGAYAUUUUUGCAUCUCUUUUCGACCAUCAAAAAAGUAUAAAGUGACGACAACUGCRCAUGUCGUCAAUAAAACGAAUAGAAUCUCACUGGAACAAUCACCGCAAGUUCAACAAGACGAUGCGUUAGAUAGUUAGACGUCAAACUAACUUUUUAACGGRAAAAAAUGGUGUUUAGAUUUUUUUCAAACAGCUUUUCAUCGCGAGAACAUCUAUUAACCGUCCAAUCAAAAGGCGUGUUAUUUUUGGAAGGUAAUUAAUAGCUAAUCGCUAGAGGCUUUGGUAAUGAGGAAGCAAUGAACCUGAACGACCAAUAAAAAGAAAUGAUUUAUUAAAGACAAAUACCAGCUAA